AUGGGUACCUUCACAUGCGAGCCCAGUGACGAUGCUCCCAUCCACAGUAUGCGCGAGGACAGCAUCACCUCACCCUUUUUAUAUAUCCCUUCCUGUCCACAACACGAUGGCAAGCUCCAUCCCUUUGUCGAUGUCUUCGUGCCCCCGCAAUAUACUGGCGUUCCAGACGCAACACAGGCGACUUUUAGGAUUAGUUCCGAUGACAAAGGCUACUACCCAGCUCUCGAGGCUACCGACGUAACCAUGCACCAGAGUCGUUCUCCAGCAAUAUCAGAACUAGGGGCUUUGACGCCAGGAACCACAUUUUCCGCAACGAGCGAUGAAACGGGCCUUGGCGAGUCGCAGUGUUUGAUCAAGUCGUCCACAGACUCGUCAGCCGGAUCGAACACGUCCUACCUUUCCAGAAAGCGUAUCCACAGAGAAUCGAAAGAGAGUUCCAGUAAAUCGAGGACAUCUUCUUGCUCCACAAGUAGACGCUACUCAUCAUCGCAGGACAUAACGUCAAGGUCAUCCUCCAGGAGCCGUCGCAAGUCUCCAAAGCACCACAUCCAUAAGGCUGGAACUUAUGCCCAAAUCCACUCUCCAACGUUACGAAAGGGGGAUUCUGCUCUCUUCCACCAAAAAGAGUAUCUUGUAUCCCUCCACAGGAAUAGUUGUCGCAUUUUUGAAACUGGUACGAGCAGGCCAGACCAAGAAACCGGCGGAGGGUGCCACGAUUCGCAACAUGCACCGCAAAUGCCAAACACACUUGAGAGAUCAUAUACCCCUCCCACCAGAACCAGCACGUUCGCCAAUAGAAUCAUGUCUCUCGAAAGCAACAAACCAAGUUUCACCGCAUCUCCAUCUCUAGCUCCUCUUCUAACUUCAACAACCGCGCUAUCCUCACCCAACCCGCCUUCCAUCUCAGACGGACAUAAUACCCCUGAAACCCAACGACAUCGGCCUUGGGACCCAGUGGUAAUCCGCCGCAACUCCUCCACUGCCAGUGAUGACGACCUGCAGCAGGACGAGUCCAGGGUGUACAGGCCCAUCCCCGCGACCGUCAUAGACUGGACAUCCCCAUCAACCCGCAGACGCGAAUACGCAGAAAUCGACCGCUCGACCCGCGGCGUGAGGGGCAUGUGGCGGAAAAUCGCUCCCAGCUGGUGCCAGCCGGGCGGAAACAGGAUGAUGACCUUCUUCGAAGAGGGGAAAGGGGGCAAGGGCAUGUAUGAGGGUAGCGUCCGGCGGUUUCGAAUGGAUGUCCCUUCCCGGGAUAGUAAUAAUAAUGACGAUGACGGUGGCGAUGGCGGCGAUGAGACAAACGACGGUCAUAUCAAUGGAGGCCCUGGUGGUAACGGCGAUGAUGAGAAAGGUCGGUCUCGAAGGUCUAGUUUUAAAGUGAAAUGGAAGUGGAUUGAGAGCAGCAUAUCUCCUCCUGAGAGCGUUCGUGGUGGUGGCGGUGGUGGUGGUGGUGGUGGUAAGGACGUGAAGGAGAGAGGGAGCAUUAUUCAUGGGAAAUGGCGUUGUUUGAGCAUCAUACGGAAAGCGGCCUGA